AUGGGAAAAAACAUAAAUGAUUACCAUUUAGUUGAUUACAAUAUUGAAUUAUCUGAAGAUGAAAAAUUUAUGAAAGAUAUAAAUGAGGAAUUAGAAAUAAUUGUUUCCAAAAAAGACUUAUUUGUUGUUUCAAUGCUAAAUAAAGAACAAAAAUAUGCAUAUGAUAUCAUAUUGAAGAAAGUUUUUUCAAAUCAAGCUGGUGCUUUUUUCAUUGAUGGUCCUGGUGGAGCUGGAAAAACUUGCUUAUAUAAUGCUAUUCUUGCAACAGUGAGAUCUAAAAAAUUAAUUGCUUUAGCAACUGCUUCAUCAAGAGUUUCUGCAACUAUAUUGUCUGGUGGCCGAACUGCUCAUUCAAGGUUUAAAAUUCUACUUGAGAUUGAUCAAAAUUGUAUUUGUGGUGUUAGCAAACAAUCUAGUUUAGCUAAGUUAUUACAACUCACACAGCGCUUAUCAUAUGGGAUGAAGCUCCAAUAA